CGUGUUUGUCUGAGGACGGUCCUCGUUGUCUGUUCGCGGAGGAGCGGGUUUUGUUUUCUCGGGAAAAAAAAACAGCGGAUUCGGUAAAAUUUACGGUAUAAAUCUCGAUUUAAGCGCGUUUCUCUGUAGAUAUUCACAUCAGCGGUAGGACAGGCCUGCGGAGGUCGGAAGCGCGGAGAUGAUCGAGGUGGUGUGUAACGACCGACUGGGCAAGAAGGUCCGGGUCAAGUGCAACUCUGAGGACACUAUCGGAGAUCUGAAGAAGCUGAUUGCUGCUCAGACCGGAACCCGAUGGGACAAAAUCGUCCUCAAGAAAUGGUACACCAUAUUCAAGGACCACGUAACACUGGGCGACUAUGAGAUCCAUGAUGGGAUGAAUCUGGAGCUUUAUUACCAGUAGAUGGCAGAACUGAGAGAAAUCAUGCACCCCACACCCUGACCAACAUACCCCCCCCCCCCCCUCACCCCCCAGCCCUCUGUACACAACUGGUCCCAUUCGCAGAAAAACAUCAACCACGUAUUACCAGAAUAACGAGUAUUGUCCAUUAGGUCGCCGCUAAAUCCAGGACCUCUUUGUUCAGUUGAAUUGUUUUGUUUUGAUAUUUGGAAAUAAACGAUAUUUAUGUACAUUAA